AUGGGUGAAAACUUUCCCUCAGGGUCCAAAAAGUUCAACACUGAACUUACCGACUACUCGGUGUCACAUGCUGAUAAGACUGGUCCCUAUGCGGCAGAUCUUGACAUUGACGCCAUCGUGGUUGGAGCAGGCUUCGCUGGCAUAUUCAUGCUCAAGACUCUACGCGAUUGCGGCUUGAAGACAUACAUCUUCGAAGCUGGUAACGACACCGGUGGUACGUGGCGCUGGAAUUGCUAUCCAGGUGCUUGUGUCGACUCUGAGGUGCCUGAGUAUGAAUUUUCCUGGCCCGAAGUCUGGAAGACAUGGAAUUGGCCGAGCAACUACCCCAAUUACGAGAGUCUGCGAGCAUACUUUGAUCAUGUUGAUAAAGUGAUUGGGGUGAAGAAAGACUGCUCUUUCAAUACAGUUGUCGUUGGAGCUCACUUCGACGAAGCUGAGGGAAAAUGGAACAUACGUACCGAAGAUGGUCGUACAACAAAGGCCAAAUACCUUAUUCUUGGUACAGGAUUUGCUGCGAAGAGAUAUAUUCCUGAUUGGCCUGGAAUGAAUAAAUUCAAAGGUGUGAUCCAUCACUCUUCGUUUUGGCCAGACGAAAAGAUCGCCGUCAGUGGGAAAAAAUGUGCCAUUAUCGGUACAGGAGCAUCCGGGGUACAAAUGGUCCAGGCGUGGGGCCCGGAAGCUGGAGAAAUAAAGGUUUUCCAACGCACUCCCAACCUUGCUAUUCCGAUGCGUAAGCGAGAUCUUACUGUUGAUGAACAAGAAAAGGCCAAGAAUUAUUACCCAGAGUUAUUCAAAUAUCGCGAAAAGACUUUUGUAGGUCUUCUCUAUGACUGGGCUGAGAAAAACACGUUUGACGACACUCCGGAGGAUCGCGAAGCAUUUUACGAGCAGGUCUGGAAAGCUGGCGGAUUCCGGUACUGGGUCGCCCUCUACAAAGAUAACCUGAUGAAUGCCGAGGCAAACAAGGAGUCAUACAAGUUUUGGGCCAAGAAAACUCGUGCUCGAAUUGAUGACCCGAAAAAGCGCGAUAUUCUUGCUCCGCUUGAUAUGCCUCACUUUUUCGGAAUCAAACGACCAUGUCUGGAGAAUAACUACUACGAACAGUUUAAUAGGCAAAAUGUUGAUAUCGUAGACAUCAGCAACAAUGCAAUCAAGGAUAUUGAUGAAACUGGAAUCAUACUUGAAGAUGGAACUCAUCAUGAGUUUGACGUUAUUGCAGUGGCAACAGGCUUUGAUAUCGUGACCGGAGUCAUGACACAAUUAGGACUCGAAAGCAUAUCCAAGACCAAGCUUGAUGAAGAAUGGCUCUCUGGCGCUCACACAUACCUAGGGCUCACCGUCAGUGGAUAUCCCAACAUGUUUCAUAUCUAUGGCCCACAAGCUCCAACCCUUCUUAGCAAUGGUCCAACCACUGUGGAAGUACAGGGCCGAUGGAUCGCUGACUGCAUCCAAAAGAUGCAGAAGAAUAACAUCAAGUACAUCAACCCGAAACGUGAGGCAUCUGUGGCUUGGAAGAAGAACAUCAUCGAUAUGAACAACCAGAUGCUAUUUCCGACUGUGAGAUCAACUUAUAUGGGUGGAAGUAUCCCUGGGAAGGUAUAUGAACCUGUGUGUUUUCCGGGUGGAAUUCCCAUGUAUGCGAUGUCAAUUCGCACGGCGCUUGAUGAUAUGUCGGGGUUUGACGUGGUUUCAAACUAAAAGACGGUGAUACCAGAUUGUCUCGAUGUAUUAUUACAUAUAUAGAGAUGUUUCGGUGACCAGUAGAAUGAGAUUCGGUCUCUUAGUUGAAUAGCAGUUGAAUAGCAGUUGAAUAGCAAAAUA